CCCGCGGGGCCGCGCCGGAUGCGAUGCUCGAGGACUUGGAGCUCGAGGUGCUCGAGCUGCUCGAGCUGCUAGGGCUCAAGAUCGAUCGAGAUUGCUUUCUAUCGGAACUCCGUUGCAUUGCUCGGCGAGAGAUCGAGGAGAUGAUGCCGUCCUUGGCUUCGGGUUCUGGUCCGGUCGUUCCAUUGCGCUGGAAAGUAUGUCAGCGACUGCUGUGAUCAUGCGCAGCUCUCUUUUCGUCGGUAAAGCGAGCAUGGAGAUUUCGCCGCGAGAUGCUGUGCCGUGAUUCGCCGAGCUGAUCAUAUGCCCAGAAAACAUGUCUAUCGCAAUUGGGUACUGCAAGGACGUCGGCGGUACUUGAGGUGCGGUUUUUCUGUUCUUUUAUGGUCACUGCUCCAAGAAUCCUCGCUUCCUCGAUCGCUCUCUCACGUUCGAGCUCUCGGAAGCCUCUCGGAUAGUCUGUUGCACACAUCGUGACGCAAUCGCCAGAGAAGAAGAUCCAGAGCGAUGGCAGAUAGUCUCGAUUCGCGUAUGGAUUGCGUGCAUCUCGUGGGAGUUUUGUUGCUUGCGUUGCUGAGUUUCUCGCAGCUGAGCACCGCUGCUGCUGUGGACACUGAACAAUGUGAAUGGGCCGUGACGAGAUUCCAAGACUAUCUGAGGAUCAGAACGGUGCACCCGACUCCGGACUACUUGCCGGUGACGAAAUUUCUCAUACAGCAAGCACAGUCGCUGUCGCUGGACAGUAAAAUCCUGGAGUUCGCUCCUUCAAAACCAAUCGUUCUUAUGACAUGGACUGGGACGGACCCGGAAUUGGCCUCCGUCAUGUUCAACUCUCACACGGAUGUGGUGCCAGUGGAGCUCUCGAAAUGGAAGCAUCCCCCGUUCGCUGCUCACAUGGAUGACGAGGGCAACAUUUUUGCCAGAGGGUCGCAGGAUAUGAAAUCUGUCGGAAUGCAGUAUUUAGAGGCGGUUCGGAAUCUCAUGGACGCUGGAUUCGUCCCAUUGCGCUCGGUCCAUUUCUCCUAUGUGCCCGACGAAGAGGUUGGGGGAGCUGACGGAGCUGAGGCGUUCGUGGAAUCUCAUGAAUUCGAGGAGCUCGAUGUCGCCGUUGUGGUCGAUGAGGGCAUGGCAUCAAUGGAUGACAGUUACCGCGUGUUCAACCGGGAGAAAAUUCUGUGGUCGUUCGUCAUCAAGGCUGUGGGUAGUCCCGGACAUGGAUCUAGGCUCUUCGAAGGCAUGGCCGUGGACAACUUGCGGGAAGCAUUGAAUCGAGUAGCAGCGUUUCGAGAACGUCAGCUGAACGUCUUGAAGGCAGGCGAGGUUGCAGAAGGCGACGUCGUGUCUAUCAACAAUGUCUUCCUCAAAGCUGGCACACCCACUCCCACGGGCUUCGUGAUGAAUAUGCAACCUUCACAGGCGGAAGCUGGCUUUGAUAUGCGCUUGCCACCAGAAGUUGAUGCAGAUGCUUUGGAGAAGCUUAUUACGGAGGAGUGGGCCCCUGCGUCUCAUAAUCUCAGUGUCCAUUUUGUCAGCAAGCAGCAAGUCCGGGACGAAAAUGGGAAGCCUUUGAUUACUUCGAUAGAGGAUUCAAAUCCUUGGUGGGUGUUGCUGAAAAAUGCCAUCACUCAAUCAGGUGGAAAGCUUCACAUUCCAGAAACUCGCACUGGUGCCUCGGAUUGUCGAUUUUCUCGCCGGAAAGGAAUACCUGCUUUCGGGUUCUCCCCUAUGUCCAACACACCUAACUUGAUGCAUGCCCACGAUGAGUUUCUGAACGUCGAAGAGUACCUCAAAGGCAUCAAAGUGUACGAAGAGAUCAUUAAAGCUUUCUCCGGUCCUCAUGACGCUGAUGGCCAUCUGGACACAUCGAGGUCAUUUUGUGAGAAGCUCCGACCUGUGAGCUGCAGAAACAAAGAGAUCAUUAAAGCUUUCUCCGGUCCUCAUGACCGGAGAAAGCUUGUGGACACAACGAGGUCAUUUCGUGAGAAGCUCCGACCUGUGAGCUGCAGAAACCUCUCGGGUUUUCUCCCCAUGAAGAGUAUCUUUACAUCAUAGCACAAGCACAGACCUGGAAGCAAUCCUUGACCUUUAAACGCUUAGUCAGCCACCGUCGAUCGAGCACGCUGUUUCUGCAUACUUGAUCAUGCUCUACGGCGGGAAGUCGCUGCAAAUGUUCCAGAUCACGCACUCCAGACGAACUAACUCAAGAACCAAGUUCAGCUCCGGCCUCAUACAGACCUCUUUCAUAUCUAGCAGCCUCCACGCGGAUAUGAAAAGGUCGAAUUUCGCCCGAAUUUCAGGUCCAUGUUGGGAUGGACGUGCAAUUACUCCUGGCAAUGGACGUAGUCUACAACAUUAGUGCUAGCUACUUCGAAGUUAGGUUCAGUGUAUGAACUGUGAAAUGAGAUGAAGGGGUGAAUCAAUCGCUGGCACCUGGUCUCCUCAGGACUCACUUCGUCCGAGACGCAAUAAUUAACACUGCGGUCGGAACAGCAGCCUCAGUUGAGAAUCAAAAGUUCGGCCGUAUUGCCGUCACUCAGAUCCUCGAACAGUUCGAAGCUUGGAGACCGUCAUCAAGUUUUCUCUGCCUUGUUCCCUUAAAGAACGUCUGUUUGUAGCGGAUGAAUUGACUUUCACAAGAUUAAAUUACUGACACCGGUAAGCAAAACGACGCCUGUUUCUCCAGUGUCCCAUGGUUUUGACCGAACCAAAGUGGGAAGUAAAAUGUGUUGGCUGCUAUUCGUUAUGACGGUAGUGAUUCAGUGAAUUGAAUGAACUAUUCCAGCGCACA